UGUGAGCUCUGCGCGCCGGCACGGCUGGGAACAGUGCAGGGGCUGGAGUGGCGCGUGCGAGCGGGAACUGUUAGGGAGCGAGUCCGCUUUGAGGGCGCUAGGGAGGCCCGGGGAUGGGGGGCUGGAGCCAGCCGAUGCCUGAGGCCAGUGCGCAGGUGGUCUUUGCAUCCGAAGGGACCGUGGAGACCAUUCUGGCCGUGGAGGCUGAGACCCUGCGGCGGUGUCCGGAGCCCCGGCGGACGGGGGCGCUUAGCAGAGACCGGAGAUGCCCAGCUCAAUCCUGGAGGAAGGGUUGCGGGAGACCCGAGAGCCUCCAGAGCUGCCGCCCGACCCCGAAGAGCGCGCCUGGGCGGGAAUUGUGAUGACAACCCCAGGGCGGACGGGGGAAGCAUGGUCCAGAAGGGACCGUGACCUCCAGAAGAAGCCCUCCGUUUUACAAAUGAGGAAACUGAGGCGGAGGGAGGUCGAUGGGUUGGCAAGAGCAAACCGCAAGUUACCGCUUGCUCUAGAAGCCCGAUUUCCCAUCGGUUUCCUAGCAGCUGCUUCGGUGGGCUUUUUCUAUCUGCACCCUCCUCUUUGCCUCCUGAGCUGCAAUGGAGAGAUAAAAGGGGACCCAGACACCGGAGGAAGCCGACGAUCCUUCUUCUGUCUGAGAGAUCUUAGCAUCCUCUUAGGAUACAGUCAGAGUUGCCUGACCGCAAACCACUGAGAGUUUCUUAUAGAUGACAUCUCAAAUGUUGACAUUCCUAAACAUUUAUUGAAUGAUUAAAAUUCCAUCUCCGGUGUCUCAAAACUAGUUGUUUACUAGUCCCCAUGAAUAAGGGAGUUCGGGUGGCUGACAAUUAGCUAGCGCAAUAAAGUCUGUAAUGCUAGGCAGCGGAGGGCUGGUUUUCCAGGACUGGAUUGCUUCAAGUUCCUGGAAGAUCCGGUUACUCCUUGAAUUUAUUGGUGUGGAUCCUUUGGUCCUACCUGGACAGACACACCCCCAACUUCUGCUGUUUCUCAUACAUGGCACCCCCUCCCCCGUAAGACUACAUUAAAAGCUUAGACUGUGGGAGAUAUCCCAAGUUUCAAAGUAAUUCUAGCCCUUUCUUCCACCUUGAUAGGUUGUCCUUCACACAUGCCUUGAGGUUACUGUCCCAGGAGACAUGCUUUGAGUGUGUUUUUACAAGACUAAAGAGUUUGUGCUGAAUUAUCCCCACUUUGAUCUUAAGACUCUAAGAGAGUCUAGCAGGGUCACCGUUCCCCCUCAGCUGUCAAACUGAGUUGAUACUUUUUUGUUUGUUUGUUUGUUUGUUUGUUUGUUUGAGUUUAUACUCUUGGGCUACAAAUCCCUGGAGGCCCUGGCCUACUGAGGUAGGAAGAACUCACCAGUGUUUCCCUACGGAGCCAAGUUAAUGCUAAAAGGGCCUCAAGUGGAGGGACCUCAGAACUACUCCCCAAAAGGAAAGGCCUCAUCUACCAGUAGUUCACACUUUCUCUCUCCUGUAAAAUGCAUAUCCCAUGAGCCACUGAGGGGGCGAACACUGAGCUAGAACCCAGGAGCUGACUAAGAGAAAAAUCCCGGGCCAGGUUGGGGAAAAUAGGUCACAGUGGCUGGGCAGUGAGGUCACAGAGAGGUUUGUCUUCCCAGACUCCAUGGGGGAGGGGUCUAGGAGGCAGAGGGGCCUCAGAGGUCCCCCAAGCCCAGGCGGGGGACAUGGUGUGGGAAAGGCAGCAGGGACGGGGGCCAGGGAGCUGACUACGGGGGGCCUAGGGGCACAGAGAGAUGAGGGCAAGAGCAGGGAGGGGGCAGUCAGGAUGGUGAGGAGAAGCCGGAGGCGAAAGCUGCAAAAAGUCACCGGGCUGUGCGGACGGGAGGAGGGGCUCCGGGUGAAGCGGAGCUGCCCUUCAUGUGGCCCAGAGCCUGGGGGUGAAGAGAAGAAGGGGAGAGGGAACCCUAUUUCUGUUCAGCUGUUACCCCCAGAGCUGGUGGAGCAUAUCAUCUCAUUCCUCCCAGUCAGAGAUGUAGUCGCUCUGGGCCAGACCUGCCACUACUUCCACGAAGUUUGCGACGCCGAGGGCGUGUGGAGACGCAUCUGUCGCAGGCUCAGUCCUCGCCUACGAGAGCAGGGUUCUGGGGUCCGGCCCUGGAAGAGAGCUGCCAUUCUUAACUACACGAAGGGCCUGUACUUCCAGGCAUUCGGGGGCCGCCGCCGCUGUCUCGGCAAGAGCGUAGCCCCCCUGCUAGCCCACGGCUACCGCCACUUCUUGCCCACCAAGGACCACGUCUUCAUUCUUGACUACGCGGGGACCCUCUUCUUCCUCAAAAAUGCCCUGGUCUCCUCUACCCUUGGCCAGAUCCAGUGGAAGCGAGCCUGCCGCUAUGUUGUGUUGUGUCGCGGAGCCAAGGAUUUUGCCUCGGACCCAAGAUGUGACACGGUUUACCGUAAAUACCUCUAUGUAUUGGCCACUCGGGAGCAGCCAGGCAUGGUGGGCACAACGGGCAGCCGGGCCUGUGACUGUGUUGAGGUCUAUCUGCAGUCCAGUGGGCAGCGUGUCUUCAAGAUGACUUUCCACCACUCCAUGAGCUUCAAACAGAUUGUGCUGGUCGGUCAGGAGACGCAGCGGGCUCUGCUGCUUCUCACAGAGGAAGGAAAGAUCUACUCUUUGGUAGUGAACGAAACCCAGCUGGACCAGCCGCGCUCCUACACCGUCCAGCUGGCCCUGAGGAAGGUGUCCCGUUGCCUGCCUCACCUUCGUGUGGCCUGCAUGGCUUCCAACCAGAGCAGUACUCUCUACGUCACGGACCAGGGAGGAGUGUAUUUUGAGGUGCAUACCCCAGGGGUGUAUCGUGAUCUCUUUGGGACCCUUCAAGCCUUUGACCCCCUGGACCAGCAGAUGCCGCUUGCUCUCUCACUGCCUGCCAAGAUCCUAUUUUGUGCUCUUGGCUACAAUCACCUUGGCCUGGUGGAUGAAUUUGGCCGAAUCUUCAUGCAGGGAAAUAACAGAUAUGGGCAGCUGGGGACAGGUGACAAAAUGGACAGAGGGGAACCCACACAGGUGCAUUAUCUGCAACGCCCCAUUGCCCUGUGGUGUGGCCUCAACCACUCCCUGGUGCUGAGCCAGGGCUCGGACUUCAGCAAGGAGCUUCUGGGCUGCGGCUGUGGCGCUGGAGGCCGCCUCCCUGGCUGGCCUAAGGGGAGUGCCUCCUUCGUGAAGCUCCACGUCAAGGUUCCUUUGUGUGCCUGUUCCCUCUGCUCUACCAGAGAGUGCCUCUACAUGCUGUCCAGCCAUGACAUCGAGCACCACCCCACCUACCGGGACCUACCAGCCAGCAGGGUGGUGGGGACCCCCGAGCCCAGCCUGGGGCCCGGAGCAUCCCAGGACCCUGGGGGGACAGCCCGGGCCUGUGAGGAGUACCUCAGCCAGAUCCACAGUUGCCCCACGUUGCAGGAUCGCAUGGAAAAAAUGAAGGAGAUCGUGGGCUGGAUGCCCUUGAUGGCGGCACAGAAGGAUUUCUUUUGGGAGGCCUUGGACAUGCUGCAGAGGGCUGCUGCAGGGGUCGGCCCAGGUCCCCCAAACCCUGAGAGCUGACCCCUCCCCCUCCUAAUCUCACCCCGGGAGGGAGAGUGCAGCCCUGGGCCAGGAGCUAAGGAGACACAGGGCGGUAGCAGUAAACACUGUAUGUGCACAUGGGGGGGAGGGGAUUGCUUGACAUGCCAGGGUGGACAGGAAGCUGUUUUGUAAAAUGUUUGGGGGGCUGCCCAGGAGGGGCCCCCAAUCUGACUAUCAUGGACAAGAGAUUUGAUGGACAAAUAGAAUAAAAGGCUGAAGUGAGGCCCGGUUUGGAGCCCUGGGACCGGGGAGGAAAAUGGGGCAGGGGAUGGGGGCCCAAUGUUUGGCUUGGUGGGUGACAGAGGACAGGAGCAUGGCCGGGGUGGGCAGAGCAGAAGUGGCUCAGGCAUUCAGGUGCUGCAGACCUGACCACCUAUAUCUCUUGGCUUGCUUUCCCCUCCCCCUCCCAAGACACGCCCCCCCCCCCCCCCCCCCCCCCCCCCGCUUCUGGACUUGGAAGUCCAACCCCCACCUUCUGGAACGAUGCAGGCAACAUAUGCUACUCGGUUCUCUUAGUGGGAUCCUCUGUCCCUCAGACUUGCUCCCAUCCUGAGCAGGCCACUUGCUUCUGACCUCACAGAGCAUCCUACCCAUUGCCCUUGGUCCCCGGGAAGUCAGUCAUCUCUUCCCCUCCUCCGAUUUACCUGAUUUACCUCCCCGGUUCAGUCUCAUGCGUUGUCCCGUCCCUUACGUCCCUUACGUUCUACUCUGAUGGAGGAUGCUCCCUUCAUCCGCCCCCUUACCAUGCCUCCUUAAGCCACUCCCCCACCUCCGAAUACUGGGGAGAGAAAAUAGGUGAGCAGAAUUUUCUCCUUCGAGUAGUCUGGCCCGGGGAUGGGGAAAAGACCGUAGAAAUUCCGAAGUGGAAAAUAAGCUGGAGCCAGGGGGUGGUCAGGAAGGGGGUGAGUGACUGGAUGUCGGAGGGGGGGGUCAAGGAAGGAAGACCUGUGGGUGCUGAGGCGGGCAUGGGGAGGAUCAUGACGAGGGACCAGAGGCUGUGUUCGCAGGAUGCUCGCGCACCUGGCAGAGUGGGCUUCCGGAGGACGGGACCCGAUGCCUGCAUUGUGGCUGAGGCUUGAUGCUUCUUCUGCCCUUCACUGCUCGAC